AUGGCCCGCCUCGACGUUGAGACUGACGAGCAGCGCCGCGAGCGGCUCGCCAACCUCUUCUCCACCCUCUCCACCCCCCCUACCUCCACUGGAGAGGAGCAGUUCCCCCUUCCCCCAAGUAGGCCAUUCGCGAUGCCCGAGAGCGAUGCCCUCGCCCGCGCCCGCGCCUUCCUCCCCCUCUUGGCAGCCAGCAACGCCGAUCUCGUGGCCCGCAAGGACAAGGGGGAGGACGUGGCGAUUGACGCAGUGUUGGGGCAAGCUGUGGACGGGCCUGACGGACCACAAGAUGAGGAUGCCCGGAGGGAGGAGGGAGAGGAAGGAGAAGAGAGCAAGACGCAUGUCGAGAUGGACGUCGGGGUCGGCGUGUUCGAUGUCAACGGGGAGGUUAAGGGUGAUUUGGGCCCUGUCGUGGAGCGCGAUGCUGGUGUUUGGGCGGCGGGGAAAGGGGAUGGCAAAGGGAACAGUAGUGAUUGA